GUUUUCUUGGACUACAAACCCAUAAUGCUUAAAGGUUGGAAUAUCCAUGGCGGAGAGCAAUGACUGAGGAGUUUGAUGAAGAGGUGAUAUUUGAGAACUCUCCACUAUUCCAGUAUUUGCAGGAUUUAGGGCACACUGAUUUUGAAACAUGUCCAGCUGUGUCACAGGAGGCAGAACAGUAUGCAGAAGACAAGGGGCUGGACCAACAGGAUACCCACAUCAUACAAAGAGAAGGCUUUUUCUUGAAACUGGCUGAGAUUAUUUUGUGGUGGAGUCCUUUUAUUCAUGGCAAGACAUCAUUCAGUCCAGAACUGAAACUGGAUAUGGAGUUUCGUUAUUGUUCACUGAACACCAUCUUUGAACAGGAAGUGCUUCUGCAGGAGGAUGUGGAGUUAAUUGAACUUCUUGACCCAAGUAUCAUGACCACCAGACAAGACCAGCAAGCAGAAAAUGGAAAGACUUCUGUACUUCGUGUAUUUGCAGCCCUCAAUCUUUGGGACUACUCUUGUCUGGCUGCUUUUUUUGGGAUGUUUAUUGGCCUGUACAUCCUCCCAGAAUGCAGUUCUUGGCUUGUGUUUGCACCCUGCUUCUUUUUUUUCAUAAUUUACUUGGUUUCUAGGGGCCUAGGCCUCUGGAAGAUGACUAGACUUCAGAUGAAAAUAAGGAGGUGUAGCCAGAAGUUGGAGGAACUUGCUGCUAAUAGUCGGGCAUUCACCAACUUGGUGAGGAAAGCACUGCGUCUGGUGCAGGAGACAGAAGUCAUCUCUAGAGGGUUUACUCUUUUGCUUGACAGGGUCAGUGCUGCUUGUCCGUUUAGUAAAGCGAGCCAACUCCGCAGCCAACAGCUAAUUGGUCUUCGGAAAGCAGUUUACAAAGCCCUGCGUGCCAGCUUCCGUGCUGCUCGACUUGCCACCUGCCACAUGCUGAAGUCUUAUCCUCUAAACUCUGAGAUUGACAAUAUAACCAACUAUGUGUCCAUGGUGCCUCUAAAGGAGUUAGGUCUAGGUCUUUGUGAGGAAAACCUAUCUGAUGAGCAAAUCCAGGAACUCACAGAUGACUACAGCUUGCCUACUCUGAAGGUCCUUUUUCAGUUGUGGGUUGGGCAAAGCUCAGAGUUCUACCGGAGGCUGGCAUUGCUCUUAUCUCCAGCUCAAUCAUAUACAGAUUCUGGAAAAAUCUCUAAGCACCUAAUGUAUCAGGUUGUGUCAGAGGUGACUGGAUCAGUGUACCACACCAUGACUGUAUGUUUGGACGAUCUUCGACGCAGUUAUGAGUUUCAUCGAUAUUUUGAAAUGCAGCACCAACCUCAUGGAAAUGGAGAACGCUUUCGAAAGGCUGGACAGAAGUGUAGAGAUCUGAACAGCCUGUACACUGCCGUACGUAGCCUUCAGCUUCAUCUUAAGGCAUUCCUUAAUGAGGUCAUAAUCCUGGAAGAUGAUCUAGAAAAAAUGAUGGUUACAAAAGACCCAGAAGAGAAAACAUGUUCAUUGUAUCUGGACUUGGAACAGAAACUAAGUUUUAUUCAUCCUCAUAUGAAGGCAAGCACUAGUUGCUGGGAAGAAGCUGUGUCUUUAAUAGACAAAAUGGUGCGCAGAGGAACUGACCCUAAAGGAAAGUCACAGACCCCUGAUGAGAGCUUUCCACCAGUUUUAACUCCUGCAUCGUAUACCAUCACUCAUAUAGAAGACAGAGAUCCUGUCCCGGAGGAGCAGGAACUCGAGGCCUAUGUUGAGGACUGCGACUCGGACAGGGAGAACCACAGUGACUCUUUUGAUUACAUGUCUCCUGAGGAAAGGGAGCAGCAAAAGCGAGAACGGGAGGAGUCAAGAAGGGUCUUGCAGGAACUCAAAUCUGUGCUCGGCUUACGAGCCUCUGAGAUGGAGAGGCAGAAGUGGAAACAACUGCUGUUCAGCGAACAAGCCGUCUUGAAGCCCCUAGAGAUGCUCACACCAGAUGGUACCUCAGAUUUACAGUUAAUUGAAAAUCCUACUUCUUCGCAGAAUGGUGAGGAUGAGAAUGCUCAACAGCAAGUCCACAAGGAGAGAGACUCCUGCACAGAAUGUACUAGCAAAGCUGCCAUCAGUCCGGUGGAGUACUGCUGUGGGCAUCAGGAAGGGCUAAAGAACCAAGACUUUGCAACUGCCCCAAGUCCCUUGCACUACCAGUAUGAUGGCACACAGGACACAACAGACGAUGAAGUGGACCCUGAGCCCUGUUUGAGCAGCACAGUCAAAAAUAGGCUUAUAGGCCUGCAUGGCUCUGCAGGGAUCUCAUUCACUUCCAGUCUUGCUGCUCUGGCCGCAGCCCGUUCACAUGACUUUUGCAACAUGCAGGAGCAGACGUUUGGAGAUGACGAUGAAGAGGAAGUGGAGGAGGAUGGUGAUGGUAAUAAGUAAGGUUAUUAAGAUAUGUGAAAGUAUGCAGAAAAAUUGGGAUAUUUUCCAGGACAUUCUCUUCGAAACUGCUUCAAGAUAUUUAUUUUAAUAUUUUCUACACUAUGUUAUUUAUUGAAACAGAAAUGGUUUUGAUGUUUUGCCUCUUUCAUUUUUUUCACCUCCCUCACACUUUUAUUUUUAUAAAAAGAAAAUAUACUUGGAAGUGUUCACAUGAGAUACAGUCACUGGAAGACCCAUCCUUCAUCCUUUUUAUUUGUUUUCUUCCCUUCCGGAAGCAUUCAGAGGCUUUCUGCUCAAAUGUUGACCAGGCACCAGGAAAGGUAAUGUGAAAACUUUUCAGUGCUUCUCUCUUACACGCACAUGGUGGUUCAGUGUAGUUGGAGGUGCUGCCCUGACCUGCCUGGGCAGCAUUUGUCAUAUUCUAGUUCAGUCUUCUGUUGAUUUGAUUUCCUUGACAUAUUAAUGGCAUUUGACAGGUACAGGUUAGAAAUUUAUUGCAUUUCUGUGAGCUGAUGAUGGCAGAUGCAGUUUUGUAAGUGCUGCACUCUAAAGUCUAAACGGUGUCUGUGUGAAGCUAAUCCUGUGUGUCUUGCCAAGACAGAAUGGAAGAGGUGAAUAUUGUUGAGCUAAACCAGUAAAGCAGGUGUCACACUCUAUAAAGUGUCACAUAAGGAGAAGCAACGCAUCUGCAGAGCAUGAAAAUAAGAGGCACUCGUAGCUGGAUUGUCUGGUCGUCCUUCAUCACAUUAUGGGUACCAAAUGACAGUCUACACAAUCUGUCAAGAACUGUACUCAAGGUUAACAGAUUGAUUUUUAGAUAUAUUCAUGUCUUCUGCAUGUGUCAGGUGUGAGAUGCUCCAUCAAAGAAUAUUAUUUUCACUUCCAUGUGUUUCAUUUAUCCACUAUGAUAAUUACUUCUGCAUCUCUUCAGCAAAGUCCACAAUGUGCAUGAUUUCUGUUGGAUAUUCUUCUUCAGAUAAAAUCAAUUUUGAGUCUAAACGCUGCUCUGGAUUUUGUAUAGUAGUUUUUACUCAUUUUGUUUACAACAGAGCAAUCUUCAUACCACCAUUUACCUCCGAAGGCAUAGGAAUGUCAUUGAUCUUAGCAAAGGAUCAUUCGCCACCUGUACACGUGUUUGGCCGAAGCCUGCAUGUCGUAAACUUUGUGAGCCAACCUCUGGAACCAGACGGCUGCAGUACUGUUACAUUAGUGCAUUUAAUACACAGAGUACCCAUUGAUUAUUGUAGUUUUGUUCUACAGCCAUUUUUUAGUACUUAUUAAUAAAUUUCUUUUGUGCAAUUUUUCUUUAUCCCCAAAACAUCAUGUAAAGUAUUAAAAUACAUUGUUAUGCCAACAAUAAUACAUAUAAGCAAAGGGAGACAAGACUGAUUUUUCUCUAGAAUUAAACCAAAUUAAAUGUCUGUCAUUUAAAAGUCUUAUUCUUUCUUGUCACACAGCAUCUUGUUCUGAUGGCUUUGAUGGGACAUUCAGCCCGGUCACUCCACACCAUUGGCUUUGCACUCCCAUGAUUUUUCAUUCUUGUUGCUUUAACUGUAUUUUAGAAGGUUUGGUUUUGUUUAGCCAAUCAACACUGUCUUUACCUCUGUGAAUUUAGAUCAUGUCCAUCAUACAGCUUUUAUAGUUUGCAUAAAUAAAUUCCAUCAAUCGAUUUUCUGAUCUAAUUUCUGACUUUAAUUGUAAACUGACACUUGUGUUUGCCUUUUAUAACUAUUGAUGUUUUAGACAAUGCCUGUAUGUAGCCUGUGUGGAGUUUGUGUACUUUCCUUGUGUCGUGGUAGGAUUGUCUCAGGGCUUAUUUCUAUUUCAAAGGCCAUUUUAGAAUAAAUGGCCCAGAUUGUGUGUGUGUGUGUGUUUAUACGUGAGCGCUGUGAUGGGACUUUCCAGUGCACAAGUGACCCCAAAUUGGAUUAAGCAUGUUUGAAAUCAGUACCAGCAUUUACUAGUAUGAUGUUGGGGAGUUUUGUAAAUGGGUCUGCACUUUCUUUUCUUUUCAAGAUCUCUGCUUAAAGAAAUGCUCCACCCAAAAAUAUUUUUUAUAUUACACCAUGUAGUUUGUAGAGUUUUCAUUGAGAAUGGAGAGAAAGGAGUUAUCGCAUUUCAGAAGUCCAUAGUGACGGUGCAAGCAUCAAAGCAGAAUUGAACGAUAAAAAUCAGUGUCCUACACUCUUUGUCAGCAAAACAGCGGUCACCCUGUAGGAGAGAAGCUAAGCUGAACUAAAAUCUUUAAUGAAAAGGUGUGUUUUCAAAAGUUGCCUAAAUACAAGUAAAGUGGGUGCAGUACGACAAGAUAAAGGAAGAUCACUCCACAGCUUUGGAGCAAGAAUAGACAAUCAUUGGCCAGUCUUGCAAGGCAGAGGCAGAAUGAGAAGUUCAUGAAGGGACAAAAGGAGAGACCAAGGAGUGGACAUAUUGAGGAGGAAAACUGAUCAGGGAACUGUAGGCCAAGACUAGAGUUUUGAACUGAAUCCUUGCAGCAACAGGAAGUCAGUGGAGAGACAGAAACAGAAGAGUAAUGAGAGUUAAGUGAGGAACGGAAACCACCAGUUGAGCAGUUGCAUUCCUGUGGAGCUGGAGAGGUCUGACAGCAGUUGAAGGAAGUCCCACUGAGAGUGAACAAGCAGUUGCAUGGCAUAGUUAGUGAGAAAGGGCCAAAUCCUCUGGAUAUUAUGCUCAAAACAUGUAAAAUAUUAAAUGGUAACCACUGGAAAAAUCAUUGCACAUCAAACAAGAAACUAAUUUACAUAAUACCGUGCCUUUGAAUUCAAGAUAGGACUCAACCAAUGAAUAAGGUGGAGAGGUGGAUAACAUAAAAAUGCAUGUUUUGGGGUGGAAUAUUCCUUUAAAUAUGAGAGCUCAGGCCCUUUUUAUGGAGUAAUUUGCCAAAAAAACAGACUGUUUAAAGGAUAAACAGUGUUUAUGUAACUGUAGUUAUCUAUUUUUUUUAUGAAUGUUUUUUCAAUUACUUGGUCAUCAAGUGCCUGAAUAGUAGUGCUGUGAGUGAGAGGCCGAAACCAAACCGUCAUGAGACCCUUUGUUAUAUGUGUGAUGGGUUUUAAUAAAAUCUGUAUGAUUGACAGAAUACAAAGUAAUACUAAAAGGGGGGGGUCAUUUGUCAUCUUUCUGGGGGCUUCAGGGCUGCCUGGCGAGUUCUCAUAUCACAAGAUGAAGACGAAGUGGUGGCACUGUGGCUAAGGAUCUGUGCUGCUAACCUCCUUACCUUUAGAUCAGUGUUUCCCAACCUCUGUCCUGGGGACCCCCCGUGGCUGCAAGUUUUUGUUCCAACCAGAUUCCCAAUCAGUGACAACACCUGAUAGCACUGAUCUCAUUUAAUUACCUGGUAUUAUUUUUGUUCUAUUCUACAUUCAGAAAAGCACAGCAGCAUGAUUUUUACAUUUAUAAGACAUUUAGAAAUAUUUCUGCUUUUGCUAUAGAUUUAAAUGCUUAAUUCUCUUUUGUUGAUUUCAUUAUAUUUUGCCCUUUCUCUGUGCAGUUUUUCCCCCUUCGUUGUAUCUUAAUAAUGACAAUUUAAAACGAGCAGAUCAAACAACACUGACUAAUCAAAGGUUGCAAGUACUUUAGAGUCGGACCCACUAAUUAGUAAAUAAUGGAUUAAUUAAACAAUUAGAUGACCUAGAAAAGUAGAAUGAAAAUACUGUUAAAAAGAAAAACAAUACAUUAUUUCUAUAUAACUGCUUGGUACAUUUUAAUAUUUUUUUUUUAUUUUUUUUUUUAGCAAACUUAGUUUUCUAAUUUCUGUAUUGUUCCCUAAACACAGAACUUGGGAAAUAUCAGUUCACUUAAUUAGCCCAGGAGGUUCAAUUAAAAACAGAAGCUGGUUGGAACAAAAACCUGCAGCCACAGGGGUUCCCCAGGACCGAGUUUGGGAAACACUGCUUUAGACCAAAGGUACUGACACAUCUCACGUAACACCCAAUAUUUACUCGGGCUGUAAAAGUGCCAACAGCAUUAGUGCUGAGCGUUACUUGGGCAGCUGUGUAGACACAUCUUCUCCUAGCCUCAUAAUCGUGGCUCUCAUCAGCAGUGAUGACGAAGUGAAUCUGUCUUCAGGCAGUGAAACUGAAACGGUCAGUAAAACCAAAAGUAAUUCUGGGAAUCGGAAAGUGAUGCUGUUCAUAUUAUUAUUAUUCAUUGUUAGUAUUAUUUGUAUCAUUAUUGUACUUUCUACACUUCUGACUUUGUACUUUUAGUGUUUUGCAUGUCUUACAGUAGAAAGCCAAAGCUUUUUAAGACAAAAUAUGCAAAACUUUUUACAUGUUUUGUUUUUUUGUGUUUUUUUUUUUUUUUUUUGAGAAAAAUUGCAAAGCUAAGGAGAUUAACAUGAACAAUCCUCCAGGGGUGGUUUACAAAGGCUGACCCCCAAAGGUCAUGCAAAAAGACAAUUUCCCCUCAGGGAUUAAGAAAGUAUAUCGAAUAAAAAUGAAAUCAGAAUUGCACAGAGUGACAUUAAGUGGGAUGGCUAUUGGUCUCCUGAAGACAAAUUCACUCUGAAAUCCUUAAUUUGGCAUUUUUCAAUUUAAAUUGAAACAUCAGUAAAUGACACGUAUUCUGCUAAAAGAUGUGUGUAACUAUUCCAGUGUCCUGUCAAUUUAUUUUAAAGAAUUGGUUGAUUAUUUAUUUAAACUCUGGUGGGCUAUCUGUUCCUCAUAAGCUAGAGCUUUUCCCGAGCUUUAAUUUCUCCAUUUCUGAGUUUCAGGGCAAGACACUCACAGUAAAGAAGCUUUGUAGUGCUGGGGGUGUUGGGUUGUUAGGGAGCUUAUUUUGAGAAUUUGUCUAACAAACCUUUGAAGUUGUAGACAAGUUGGAACAAGUGAAUCUCUAACACAAGGUAGUUUUGUGACCCAAAAAAAACCCUCUAUAUUCAGAAUGACGUGCACAGGAAUAUGCAGAAGUAACUGUGUACGGCCACAAAAUUACAACUGAUUACAUUUUUAGAAGUGUUGUCAUGUGGUUAAAAAUGAGUGUGUCAUACCCAUCAGUGUUACGUCUCAUCUCAUCACACGACACGCGUCUCUGUAAGUGCAUAGACUUCAGUGUGCAGUGGUGUACAAAGGUUUAGGCACUCCUGCUCAAAUGAAGGCUUUCACUGAAUGUCCAAGUGAAAAGAAACCGCCAGCCUCAACAGGGUACAAAUGCAAUUAUGACACAUUCCAGCAUAUUUAAAUGCUUAAUACCCAUUUAUUUGGUGAAUGUAAGAGUGCAAAAAAAUAUGAAUGUAGCACAUGCAAAAGUGUGCUAAGCUCUCACUUGAACAUUCGGUGAAACAUUGUAAUUUGAGCAGGGGUGCCCAUACGUAUGCACAGUAACCUCUUUUUUUUUUUUCCCCCUUGAACACCUACAUUGUGCACUUCUUGAGUUUAGUGUAGUCAGCAGGAUUGGCUUGGCCCAGCUGUAGAGUACCACACAUGAAUACAAUUGUCCUCACAAUGCUAUCAAUCAAAGAGAGAGUUUCAACUGCAUUGUUGGAUUUGAAUCAUUAGUUCUGUUUUUUUUUUUGUUGUUGUUGUUGUGGCAAGUGUACAUCAUCUCUACUCAUUGUGCAUUAUCUUAGUUUUGUCCAGAUAAAUAAACAAUGUUUUUCCAAUA